AUAAAUCAUACGUAUAUUCACUCCAUAUUAAUUUAUGUGACUUUUAUUGUUUUUAAUUUAUUUAAAGGAAAAGUUAUUUUUUAUCCUUAAUAAUAUAACUUAUACAAAUAUCUAAAUUUUGUUUUAAAUCACAAUUCUGAAUUUUUUUUUUUCUUAAAAUUUAUGUCAAGUCAAAUAAUAUCAUAUAAAUUAAGACGGAUGGAAGUAAUAUAUACGUAAUUCCAUUAUAAAAUCCUCCCCAUUUUUACAGCUAUAUCAGACAACGUCCCACCACCUGGCAGCUCCCCAUCAAUAGAUAUCAAGAUUUGCAGCAAAUUGCAACACUAGUUCUCAAAUUUAAUUUGUUGAGUUCUCUGUGGGUUAACUAAUUUCCUGCAUGAAUAUUGGGAGGAUUUUGCUGGGUAAAACAAGUCUACCUGCAGGUCACUAUUAUUCUCUUAUAUCAAAGAAGAAGAAGAAGAUGACGAACAAGAAAAUGAGAAAGGGAUAUGAAAAGAGAAAGAUGAUGAUGAGAAAGAGAUCAAUGGAAAACAAUAAUAUGGUACAAAAGUUGUAUGAUACUUGCAAGCAAGUGUUUGCAAAUGGUAAGGCUGGCUAUAUUCCUCCUCCUCCAGACAUCCAACGACUGACAUCGCUACUAGAUACUUUGGAGCCAAAAGAUUUCAAGUUUACAGCACCUAGCUUGGAAGCUUCAUGUGCAAGUCCUGGAACCAAGGAAGCUCCUCUUGUCACCUACAUUGAGCUCCACGAAUGCAACAAAUUUUCGAUAGGGCUCUUUUGUUUGCCGCCUUCUUCAGUAAUUCCUCUUCAUAAUCAUCCUGGCAUGACUGUGUUCAGCAAGCUUCUAGCAGGAACCAUGCAUGCUACGUCAUAUGAUUGGGUGCAGAUCAAUCACGACCAAGUUAAUAAUAACUAUACAGUACGCGAGCAGCAGGAAUCAAGGAUGAGAUUGGCAAAGGUUCAUGUUGACGGAGAGUUCACAGCACCAUGCAAUACUACAGUGUUAUUUCCUGAAUCAGGAGGAAAUAUACACAGCUUUAAGGCUAUAACACCUUGUAUCCUACUGGAUGUUUUAGGACCACCCUAUUCCCAAGUUGAAGGUCGUUACUAUCAACAUUACACUUAUGAUGACACUAGUUUUUCCGAUGUUAAAAAAAUGGAGGUGAAGGAAGAUGAGACAAGAUAUGCAUGGCUUGAAGAACGAAAUGAGCAGUUCGUUAUGUUAGGAGGAACAUAUGACGGUCCUAAAAUUCAAAGAUAAAUUAAACCUGGCCCUCACGUAUAUUAUAUGAUAUAGGUAAAUUAUACGUUUUUGAUGUAAAACAGCGUGCAUUUUUUAUGUACAUUCAGUGCAGGUAAAAAAAUGACUGCAUUUCAGUCAUACGUGAGUUUGCAUGAGUUCAGUUGUAUGUGCAUAAACAUCAUUCAUAUAUGUCUGAGUUUGUCCCGAAGUUGUUAGACUUGCAAAUCAUUAGUCACUAUGAAUUUGAUUUAAAUAGUGCUCCCAAAAUUGAUAUAAGGGCAAACAACAUAAGUUUCGAUAGUUUGAAGUUUGAUUAUAGAGAAUCUUCACAUUUUGCAUAAUUACUGAAAAUCUCAAUUUUGUGUCUGUCGAGAUACAUAAUUAGUUCCUCAUACAUCCAACGAAGAUACAUAAUUUGUUGGUAUUUUUGUAAUUACGUUGUAAGGUGGUGAUUUGUGUAAAUAUGGUAAGUUAAAGGUGUGUGUUUA